AUGUUGUCAAAGACUACAGUUAACAAUAUUCUAGCUGCUAUUUCAAACUUGAUGAAGAAUUUUAUAAUCAAGGAAAUUGGUGAUCAGAAAUUCAGUGUUCAAAUGAAUGGUAGUCAAGAUAAGUCGGUGAUUGAUCAGGAGAUAAUAAUCCAACGAUAUGUACUUGGAGAGGACGUGAAAGAGCGAUUAUUUGCGGUAAAAAAAAUUACUGAUGCAACAGGUGCAGGACUAUACCAACUAUUGAAAUCAGAGCUUGAACACAAUGGUUUAAAAAUGGAAAAAAUUGUGGGUGAAUUUGAUAGAAAUGCAAACAUGCGUGGUGAAUAUCAUGGAGUUCAACUUUACGUUAACAACGUUUCACCAAAUGCUGUAUACAUGUGGUGCUACGCGCACGUUCUAAAUUUGUCCGCAACAAAUAUUGUGGAAAAUAUAUUAGGUGUCAAAAAUUUAAUUGGUCUCUUGCAGAGUACAGCAACUAACUUCGGCGAUUCUUGCAAACGAACGAACAUUUGGACGAAUAUUCACAUUGGACAAGGAGUUGGAUCUGCGAAACUGAAAAGACUGCAAAAAAUUGGUGAAACACGUUGGAUGUCUUUAAAAUUCGAUGCAAAAUCAACAUUCGAAGCCACAGCACUGCAUGAUAAAUGGUGUCAAUUCGAUGUACUUCUUGCAGCCUUUCUUCUACGUGAGUACACCGUUUUGCGACAAGCAUCCGAAUAUUUGCAAACAAGAGGUCUGGAUUAUUUAAGUGCUUGGAAGAUGGUAGAGUCAGCAAAACAAGAACUGCAGACAAUAUCGUUUGCAGAUGUUCAUUCCAAGACAACUGCAUUUGUUAAAGAAAUCAACACCCUAGAUGCUAGUGAACUUGAUUCAGAAGUUAAAAUAGAAUUGCGUGUAGAACAAGUUCAUUGA